CCACGCCCCCUACACUGCACUGCAAGUCUGCAACUACCAGCCUCGCGGCCAGUCUGCCAGUAUCCACUCAGCAACUCCCCUCCCUCACGCUCUCUUGGUGCAGUCGUGCCGGUGCCGGCGCGAUGGCCGCACCUUUUCUGCUCGUUCUUCUGCUCGUCGUCUCUGGGGGUGCUGCAGCGGGCGGCGAGGACGAGGCGGGGCUGCCCCCGCUCGAGCUCCGAGCCAUCGACGACCCAGGCCGUGGGCGAGCGUCCGUCGCGGCGGAGGAGCCGGUGCUCAUCGCCGAUAUCUCCACGCACGACGACGACCCGGGCCAAGUGCCCCGGGCUGAGUUCCGAGGCAUCGACGACUCCGGCCGUGCGCACGCGUCCUUCGCGCCGGAGGAGCCGGUGUUCAUGGCCGCCGAUGUCACCGCGGACGACGACGAGGCCGGCGAAGAGGCCCGGCUCGAGUUCCGAGGCAUCGACGACUCGGGCCGUGGGCACGCGUCCGACGCGCCGGAGGAGCGGGCGUUCACGGACGUUAUCUCCACGGGCGGCGCCUGCGGCCGCUUCGCCCGCCUCGUCGCCGAGACGGGGAACGCGGGCCAGCUCUUCCGGGAGCGCGUCGCGGGCGCCGGCGGUCUCACGGUGUUCUGCCCCGAAGACAAGGCCCUCGCCGAGUUCGAGCCCAAGUUCCGAGGCCUCGGCGCCGACGACCGGCUCGCCGUCCUGCUGUACCACGGCGCGGCGACCACCUACAGCAGGAAGCUGUUCCAGGCAUUCGACUGGGUGUCGGUGAACUCGCUGGCCACCGACGCGGCCACCAACAAGAGCCACGCCAUCACGCUCCGCGACGACGGGGACACGGUGUGGCUGUGGCCGUCGUGCGGGAGACGCGCUUGGGUCAGGGUGACCAAAACGGUGUCCGAAGAGGCCCCCCUCGCCGUGUACGUCGUCGACGCCGUGCUGCUGCCGAGCCACCUGCGACAGAAGCUGGACGGCGGCGACGGGCCGGCUGCUGCGUGCGAGCCGUCCGGCGGCUAUCUCGGCUGGCUGCACUCCUGCAUCCCGGCCUGGGCAAUGAUACCCAUCGCCGUGGUGAGCAUCGUGGGCUUCCAUCUCGCGUUUCUUCUUCAGGAUGCACUGAACAGGAAGAACAAGAAGGCCAACUUAUCUGCUUAAGUUUAUCUGCACUAGUAGUGAAUAAUGCUCUAGAAUUAAGGUUGUCGUGUGCGCAUGGCGAGUACGGAUGUGUUUAGCUUUAGCCUCCGCAGGUCUCUUCUUGCUUCAUUUCUCAGUCUUUUGUUCAAGACUGAGAACGGCAUGGCCACCUUGUCUGUAAGAUAGGAAUAGGUAGUGCUGUAGUGUGUGGGUGUGCUAUCUGAACCUUUCUUGGUUUGACAGCAAUGUGAGCGGUUUGAUCCUUGUAUAUGAAGCAGUAGUAAAUCGUGGCAACUCGUAUGUGAGCGGUUUGAUCCUUGUA